UUUCUCUCUGACUGGUGCCGUCUUCAAAGAUCGCGAGUGGACUGGGAAGGAUUAGUUUCAAGCUGCCGAAGUAAAAUGGCAUGGAAACACAGAGAUAUGAAUUUAAAAAACAGAACUGACCAAAAGAGAAGCUUUAUAUCCAGAUGGCAGUUACGACCACAAGGUUAAUAAAGCUGCAAGGAAUUACUUAAUUUAUUGUAUGGCUUAAAAUGCACACUUACAGCUGACCCCAAGCCAUUUUAAUUUCCCUCCAACAUUGGUUUUAAGAAUGAUUAAUCCGGGGGUUUGCUCAUCUGAGGACCGGAAUUGAGGUUUUAUGAUAGACUGCAAUUAUCAAUGGGAUACUGGAUAUAGUGACUUUGUGAUGCGAGAUUCUGAAAAGCUGUUACACCCACAAUCUCCCGCGCGCCCCUUUCCCUGAGAGUGUCACGUGUCUGUUUUGACGGUAUCACUUUUUUGUACCUUCAUAUCCUACUGGUUCUCCGAAGAUGAGAUAAUCUUCUGUUGGAGACUCCCAUAUAAAAAAAAUGGGGAUACUCUUCGUCUCGUUUUGGGGUGUAAACUGCAGAUUUUGGUCUUACUUAGGGUGUUUGGGAUGGAAAGUCACCAUAUUUGACCAUUCAGGUAUCGCUUAGUACGGUGCAUAAAGAAAUUUACAAAAAAUGCUCUGACACUACUGACCACACAGAAAUCUUCCUUAGGGGUCAGUAUAAGCUUGAGCCACAUCCACAUUGGUCUCCCUUAGGGGUUUAAUUUGAAUUUUCCGACGAGCAUUCCCAUCACUUUCAUAUGGGAGUUCCCCCAGUAAUAAUCAGAAACUUUCGCAAAGGUUGUUUUGGGAAUAUUUGUUCUGGAGUGGGAUAAGCCGAUAAAAACCGGUAGUGUAACGAAGGGGAUUGGGGAAAACGAGGUGACAGGAUGAUUUCCCUCCCACCAAUAGUCAUGGCUUCUUUAAAUCUGUUUUUCGACAUCAACCGAACUGCAUUGCUCUUUACUCUUUCAAUAUACAUGAAAGCUUUAAACCCGGGGGUGGGGUUUGGAGAGACAUCCCCUACGACGACUUGAACACUGUUUUGCUAUUCUGAUCUUUUCUGAUCUUGUAGUUCCUUGACCGAGAAAUUCCUAAGACAGAAUACAACCCCAUAAUAAUGACGUCAAGUUUGUGAUUGUCGUUUUCCUUGGUCUUUUUAACCCUUAGGAGAAUUCAGCCGUAUCUUCAUUCAAUCCGUGACUAACGAUGGAGUUGUUAAGAGAACUGGAGGGGACUCGUGGAGAGUACAUAUCAGACAAGGACCAGCAUCCCUUGCGCCAAUGGUUAUAGACCAUGAUGAUGGAACAUAUGAGGUCAUGUUCCUUGCUCUUGAGCCUGGGAACUACUCAGCCAAGGUUUUCUUGGACUACACGCUUUGUGAAGGUUACAGGGAUCCGCCGGAGGAUUGGUAUAUCAAAGGUAGUAAUGGUGUACCGUAG